GCGCGCUCUCGCGUGUAGACCAAGUAUCGUCGCCCUACGCUUAGCGACGCUCGCCUCGCGCCGCAGACGCCGUCCCGACCGCGCGCACGGCCGCGCUCGCACGAUGGCGCCGAAGAAGAAGCAGAAGAAGGCCGCGGCCCCGGAGGCGGAGAUCCUCGACCCCGAGGUCGUGCUCAAGGAGGUGCGGCGGUGCCGCGCGCUGCUGGCGACGCAGAAGCCGGUGGACAUGAGCACGGUCGACCUGAGCGGCAUGCGCGUCGUCGACGCGAUGCCCGCGGACGACGUCGCGUACGCAAUAGAGGCGCUCUUCGUCGCCGCGGCCGAGUCGAUCAUGCGGGGCGAGUCCUUCAAGUUCGACGUGCCGUCGCGGUCCGCGACCAACCAGCGCUACGUCCGCGAGCUCGACCGCAUCGUGCUCAAGCACAACGCGUCGGAGCGGAGCUUCGCGAACGUCGGCCAGGUGCGGAAGACGGCGAUCAUGACGCGCGUGUUUAGCCUCGUGCACGAGGUCGUGACCAAGGGCAUCCACGUGACGAAGCGCGACCUCUUCUACACGGACGUGAAGCUCUUCAAGAAGCAGGAGGAGUCGGACGCGGUGCUGGACGACGCCGCGUGCACGAUCGGCUGCCCGCGGUCUUGCUUGAACGUCGUCGCCGCGGACAAGGGUCUGGUCGUGGGCCGCGUCCAGUUCGACGAGGACGGCGACCCCAUCGACUGCACGCGCAUGGGCGUCACGGGCAAGGCGAUCCCGGCGUACAUCGACAAGAUCUCGAACAUCCGGAGCGACGCGGAGUUCAUCCUGCUGGUGGAGAAGGACGCGGCCUACAACCGCCUCGCCGAGGACCGCUUCUACAACCAGUUCCCCUGCAUCCUCAUCACGGGCAAGGGCCAGCCCGACGUCGCGACGCGCAUGUUCCUGAGCCGGCUCAAGGCCGAGCUGAAGAUUCCCGUGCUCGCGUUCGUCGACUCGGACCCCUACGGGCUGAAGAUCCUCUCGGUCUACAUGAGCGGCUCCAAGGCCAUGUCCUACGACGCCAACUCGCUGACGACGCCGGACAUCAAGUGGCUCGGCCUCCGGCCGUCGGACCUCGACGCGUACAACCUGCCGGACCAGUGCCGGCUGCCCAUGACGCCCAAGGACAUCGAGAUGGGCAAGCAGCUCCUCAAGGAGGACUUCGUCCUCAAGAACAAGCAGUGGGUCAAGGAGCUCGAGCGCAUGCUCCACACGAAGCAGAAGGCGGAGAUCCAGGCGCUCUCCGCGUUCGGCUUCCAGUUCGUCACCCAGGUCUACCUCCCCCGCAAGCUCCGCCAGGGGGACUGGAUCUGAGCGCGGGGGGCCGCCCCCGCGCCGCUGUGUUAUCGCUCGAAUGUG